AUAACAAGACCUUCUGAGGUGUACAUAACAUAAGCAUGGGUAAAACUAGAUAUAAUAAGAACCCCGAUGUGGGUGACACUUUGGCGGAUUUGAGUGCCUUAAGCAUCGCAAGUAAUGGUAAGAACCCAUCCAGGGAUGAUGGCUAUGCCAAUGGAUGUCGUAGUCCUUCAGGAAAAGCAGCGGAACAAGAUCAAUCUGAUGAUGAUAUCCUGUUUGUAGGGACUAACAUAAAGGUAAAGGUCGAUAAAGAUGAACCCAUGGAUAGCGAAUACCAUAUACCACAGCAACCAGCAGAUGAUAUCCAUGGUAAUACACAUCAAGACAUAGACAACGAAUAUAUAAAUAACGAAGACAUUGAACAAUUCAAUGCAUUACAUAUGUCAAAGAAAUAUGAGAAUAUGAACAAUAACCCAACCGCGAAAUUGUAUUCCGGGGAAGAUGGUGAACGGGAUAAUAACGGACAAGCAUCUAAGAUAUCGAAAAAUGAAUUGCAAACACCACAAACUGGAUUUUUACUUAACUUCUUCAGAGGGAAAGGAGCUAAAGCUACAUUAAGGUCUAUAGUCAAGGGCAAAGCCGUAUACAACAAGGUAAUUGAUCUGGAUGCAGAUGGAGGAACACCAUGUGAAUUCGAAGAUAUCAACGAUGCACUGGAUCAUAUCGCAAAUACAAGAUCGGCACAUUAUAAACCACCAUCAGUUGCCGGCUCAGUCUCUAAUCAAUCAACAGAAUCCAGUAGGAGACGAAGGGAAUUGUACCCUGAUUAUAGGCAUAAAUAUGAUUAUGCGCCACGUAGAUACUCUCCCGGCUAUGGAAUAACGGGAUUAGGAAGAAUCGACCCAUCGCAAAUUGCACUCUCCAAUAUUAAACAGAAUGACAAUGGAGACUAUCGCAUCAUGUCACCCGAAAUAUUCAACGGAUGGGUUAGAGCGUUCUUUAACGUUGCAGUCACCUCGGUGAUACUGUAUAUUGGAUUCGUAUUCAUCAUGGCCAUUGGCAAGGAUAUAGCAAAUGGACUUGAAAAAAGAAGACAAAUGGUCAAAGCAGAAGCUAUGAUGUGCCAAGAACUAUACAAGAAAAACAGAUGUAGAACUGUUAAUAUACCGGCAUUGGAACAACAAUGCCGUGAAUGGGAAACUUGUAUGUACAAGGAUGCAAUUCUGUACGAUGAUGCAUCUUUUUUAUCAGCAGAAGUACUGGGCGGUGUUAUAAACAAGUUUGUAUCCCAGUUAGAUGCACGCACGGUUGGAAUUGUAGUGAUUACUUUUUUAGCGUUUUUCGUAGGCAGUAACUGUGCACUGUCAAUGUCAUCACGACCCUCUAACCCGGGAUGGUUCAGAAGAUUGUUUACCAGAAACAGACAGCCAUCGGAUGGCUCGGAUGUACUCCCAAACGGUAGUAUUCUAUCCCAACAACAGAUGUUGCAAGCGAUGCAAAAUCCAUAUUUGCAACCAAAUUACCUUAUCAUGGGCAGCUACCCAUAUGUAAGCCCAAGCUGCUAUUCAGGGGGAUACCGCCCAUCAGCAAUGACCUAUUACCAUGAUGACCAUGAUGGGUCAGGUAGUUGGUCAACCAAGCAUGGACGUACCAGUGCAUGGAAAAGAAGAUUUACAUCACCAUGGGUUGAUCAAGAGUAGAUCAAAACAGGGUAAGCACAGAAUU